AUGUUAAUUAAAAAGCAUUCUCUUGCAAUUCCUUCUUAUCUCUCCUUACCCUUUUUUUAUUGUUUUAUUGUAUUCCUCAUUUUUUUUUCUCCAAACUUUCGUUGUCUGUCCACAAAUAUUUGCAUUCAUUUUGAAAAGAAAGAAUUCGUUCUAUUAUUUUUCCCUUUUCGUUCUUUCUUGUGGGUUCUUUCAUUUCACACGUUUUUCUUUACAGGUUUCUUCCUUUUCAGGUUUCUUCAGAAAAGAAAGAAUCUAAAAAAAAAGAAAAGUAAAAAAUUCUUUCUUUAUUCAUUCCUUCACAUUUUAGAUUCUUACUUUUUACAUUCCUUCCUUUUUAGAUUCUUUUUUAUUCAUUCCUUAUUCCUUCACAUUUUGGAUUCUUACUAUUUACAUUCCUUCCUUUUUAGAUUUUUUCUUUAUACAUCCUUAUUUUCGAUUCUUUCUUUAUACAUCCCUUCUUUUUUAAAAUUCUUUCUUUAUAGAUUCCUUCACCUUUUAGAUUCUUACUUUUUACAUUCCUUCCUUUUUAGAUUCUUUCUUUAUACAUCCUUAUUUUCGAUUGUUUCUUUAUACAUCCCUUCUUUUUUAAAAUUCUUUCUUUAUAGAUUCCUUCACCUUUUAGAUUCUUACUUUUUACAUUCCUUCCUUUUUAGAUUCUUUCUUUAUACAUCCUUAUAUUCGAUUCUUUCUUUAUACAUCCCUUCUUUUUUUAAAUUCUGUCUUUAUAGAUUCCUUCACCUUUUAGAUUAUUACUUUUUACAUUCCUUCCUUUUUAGAUUCUUUCUUUAUACAUCCUUAUUUUCGAUUAUUUCUUUAUACAUCCCUUCUUUUUUUAAAUUCUUUCCUUAUAGAUUCCUUCACCUUUUAGAUUCUUACUUUUUACAUUCCUUCCUUUUUAGAUUCUUUCUUUAUACAUCCUUAUUUUCGAUUCUUUCUUUAUACAUCCCUUCUUUUUUUAAAUUCUCUCUUUAUAGAUUCCUUCACCUUUUAGAUUCUUACUUUUUACAUUCAUUCUUUCUUUAUACAUCCUUAUUUUCGAUUGUUUCUUUAUACAUCCCUUCUCUUUUAGAUUAUUUCUUUUCAUAUUUUAUUCUUUUCCUACUCCUUCCCAUUCAAUUUUCCCCUUUCAUUCUUCACUCCUGCAUUUUCUUCCUAGUAUCUUUUUCUUUCUACUUUUCUUCUUCUUGCCUAUUUCUUUCUCCCGUUUUUCUUACUUUUUCACUUCUCUCUUUAAUUUCCAUUGCCCCUGUUAUGUUUUUGUUUUGCCUUUUGCUUUUCUUUUCCUUGUUCACCUUCUUACAUUUAUUAGGUGUCUUUUGUUCCAUUCAAAUGUUUUGUUAUAUAAAAUUCACUUUCUCCCUCCACUACACUCUCUUCAUUUGUCUCAUUCUUACUCACUCUGUUUCUUUCGUUCUCACCCUCAUGCUGUAUCUCUCUCUUUAUCGCCCCUUCUGUCUGUCUCUCUCUCUCGUACGUCUUAUCUCAUUCUUGCUUACUCUAUCACUUUCUUUCGUUCUCACCCUCAUGCUCUAUCUCACUCUCUGUCGCCCCUUCUGUCUCUCCCUCUCUUUCUCUCCCUCUCUUCUUAAUUCUUAUCUCAUUCUUACUUACUCUAUCUCUUUCUUUCAUUCUCACCCUCAUGCUCUAUCACCCUCUCUGUCGCCCCUUCUGUCUCUCCCUCUCUUUCUCUCCCUCUCUUCUUAA